CUCUAAUCUUCUGGACCGGGACUGCAUAGGAGAGUAGCCUAUACACAAGGGUAGCUGACCGUCGACGGAAUCAAAUUCUCCUUCGCCUUUCGCGUCACUUUUUGUUGACAAAAACCGUCCAAAGUGGCUGGUCAAAACUGAGAGUGCUGCUCGCUGCUGGGCUGCUGCUGGCUUAUCCAACUGCUUGCACUCAAACUCCCCAAACUGGCUGGCUGAUCUGACGUAUUCGAUCGAGGAGGAGGAGAAGAGCAGCAGCGAUAAAAUACAGAUCAUACCGAGACAUCCAUUGUUUUUUGAUACAUCUUCUUCCGCUCGCUCCUCUCCGAAACAUUUCCCUCUCAAUCAAUCACCUGAUCUCUCUCAUAAAGUAGAUCACUGAGAUUACAGUAGCUUUGGUGGUCGAGGAGAACAAGGUCUCGAGUGUCAAGCAACAUGGCGUCCUCGAAACAUCUCGCUGCGGACUCACUCCCAGCUUGGAUACCGCUACAUCAUUUCAACGAACCGAGGUGGAAUUAUGCGACAGGUCUGAAGGUCCUCGAUUUAAGUCAGGGCAGUCUGUGGCUCUUUGUUGGAAUGACAAUGUUCAACCCAAUCUUUUGGAACAUUGUCGCGAGAAAUGAAUACGAGAACAAGACCAUCACACGGAUUGUCAAGUCUCCAUAUGUCGGAUGCUACAUCUUGGCUGGGACCAUCUUCACCCUCUCCGCUACGAGAGAUAGCAUGUACCUCGCGGCCAUCAAGGAUCAACCCGCCAUGGCCUUGUUGAACAACUCUUUGGUCAAGGCCAUUGGGUUCGCUACGUUUGCCGCCGGUCAAGUCUUCGUUCUGAGCAGUAUGUGGGCUUUGGGAGUCACUGGCACAUACCUUGGCGACUACUUUGGGAUACUGAUGUCUAAACGCGUCACUGGAUUCCCAUUCAACGUCCUCAAUGACCCAAUGUAUGUUGGAUCUUUCCUUUCUCAUUUGGGAACAGCACUGUGGUACGAGAGUCCAUCGGGAAUUCUCCUCGCCUUUUGGGUACUGGCAGUCUACAUGGUCGCGCUAACUUACGAGGGACCAUUUACAGACAAGAUUUACUCUAAGAAAUCGGGUAAAAAAUCCGCUUCUGCAGCUUCGACGCCACGUAAAUCUGCCCGGAAAUCGAUGGUGAAGAAGGACGAAAGUUACGCCGACGCAGUUGCCAAUGGAGGUCCUGGAGUUCCUUCGACUCAGGCAAAAGUAUCCUCGGGCGUCCAACCUAAACCUGUUGGUUCUGUCGCCGUGACGCCGAGGAAGACGAGGACAUCAAAGUCGGACUCCACGAGUCCUCACAUGACGAGAAGUCGGACGGGCAACACGCCGGGAGCGAGGAGGGCUGGGAGUGAUGAGUAGACAGAGCAAGUGAGGCGGGCGGAGCGAGAGUAAUCGAUAACGUCAGCGAAGGAGGAUUGAUGGAGUGAGGCGUUGGAUGAGGAACGGAGAAGGAGCAGUUAUGGCGGAAUGAGGCUAGGACAGCAAGCGAGACCGGAAUGUUGAAGCUGGAGGGAGGGGAGACCAGUUCUUAGGAUAUCAUGGACUCUGCCUGCAGAGAAGGUCGAAGGGUCCACGGGAGAAAGGAAGAAAAGAGAUCACGAUACCCUCUUGGACUUUGAUAUACCCUUACAAGCCCUAAUCUGAGAUAUACCAACC